ACUCAUAAUCUGCUUCAAACAUGGCGUCCAAGAAACCACCACAAGAGCAAGUCAUUGCUGGUUUUCAAGAUUUAAGAGUGCAGCAAAGAAAUAUAGCAAAUAAAGUAGCGGAAGUUGAAAUGGACAUGAAAGAGCAUGAACUGGUAAUAGAAACUUUAAAAGAAGUAGAUGAGAGUAGGAAGUGCUUCAGGCUGGUUGGCGGAGUGUUGGUGGAGCGCACUGUGAAAGACGUGCUUCCAGCUUUAGUGAAUAACAAAGAACAGAUGGAGAAAAUGGUAGACUCAAUGAAGGGCUCUCUAGUUACUAAAGGAGAAGAAAUCAACAAAUACAGAGAAACUCAUAACUUGAAAAUAAAGGGGGAAGAUUCCAAAGAGCCGGAGAAAAAGGAGAAGGAUGCCUCAAAAGCUGGAGGUGUUCUUGUGGCGAAGGACAGUUGAUUUUCUUAGAUUAUGUUUUGGACUUUGAACCAUAAUUUACAUGCAUUUUUCAUAGCUUACUCCUUCACAAUUUUAUAUAUCGAGCCUUUGAACUAUAUGUUUUUUGAAUUCCAUUGCAUAUUCAAUAAAUAAACUUAAUUGAUGUUUUAAUCUACACUAGUGAAACAAUGAUUACUUAAUUUAUAACAUUUUCAAAGUAGCAGAGCCAAAAGAGAGCUGAAACAACCAUCAUUUGAAAAUUUGAGUUUUAGUUUUCUUGUGGCUACACAGACUUGUAGUACACCUGUGGCUUUAAAAUUACGUAGAAAAGCUGACAUAUUAAAGUUUACUUAUUUAGUUUUUUUUUAAACAAUGUUGUAGUGAAUGCUCAUAUUAUUUAUGGAGAUAAUAGAAAACUUUACUGUGCCCUCAAAACGUGUGCUUUACUAUUACAUUUUGAUAGUCUACUGGAUCAAAGUACUUGUAUACAACACCAGCUUUCCAUCAAGACAACAGGUUAAAAAGGGCUCAUUUCGAUAAGUAGACUUUCUUUAUACUUCAAAGGUUGCCUGGUAAUAAACAACAAAGCACUUUAGAUUGCACUUUUAGAAUACAUCUUUAAUGCUGAUUGAAUAUUAAAUGCUGAAUUACACAAAUAAACGUUUUUAUAAUA